UCAUCAUAAUGUGUAUGAUAGUCGCAGUGCUAAUUAUAUCAACUAAUUUAUUAACAAUCGUUAGUAUCGUAAAAUUUAAAUGCUUAAGGAAAACCAGUGCUAAUAAGUUCAUCCUUAGCCUCGCAUGUGCUGAUUUUUUAUUGGGAUUAGCGCUACUAUCAUGUUCAUUUAGAUUCUACGCGCCAAAUCUUGUGAACUAUUUUGGAAAUAAAAACGCAGAGAAGAUAUCAUGUCUUAUAUGUAUUCCAUGUAUAACUCUUGGCGCCUUAGCUUCCUUGAUGAACUUCUUAUUGGUAACACUUGACAGAUUUGUAUCAAUAAGUAGACCAUAUCUACACACAAAAUGGUUCUCUGACGGAAAGAUCAAAAUCGUUAUUGCCCUUAUAUGGAGCUAUACUGUCAUUUGUGUGGUCAUUAUGAAGAUAUUCUACCAGUACAAUGAAGGUGAUAUGUGUCUCUGGUCAGUUGUCUACAGACGAACAUUCCUGCUCCUCACUUUCCAUGUGUUCAGUGUCCUUACCCUCAGCACCCUCGCUUACGCUUACAUCUUCAUAAUUGCCUGGCAACAACAUAAAAAAAUCUACAUCCAGCAUGCAAUGCAUCGUUGUCAAGGAAAUGGAACUACAUGUCCGUCUCAACGCAAGGAUUUUAAAUUGACUAAAAUGGUCGCUUGGGUAUAUGCAGUUUUGAUGAUAUGUUUCAUACCAUUUAUCUGCACGACCAUUAUGUUAGUAUACUACAA